CCCCGCCGCCCCUCCCCCACUGGCUCGCUCGUCCCGCUGCUGCGUUGCGGGCCACACUGUGACCGCACUGACGAGGAAGAGGAGGACGAGGAGGAAGAGGACCGCCGGGGGGGCAGCUGCGUUGCAAACCACACGAGGGGGCCACAAGAAGAAGAGGAAAGCGAAAAAAGAAGAAGAAGACGCGCCUCUCUUCCUCUCUCUGUCCUGCACCCUCCUCUUCAUCAGCGCAACCUCCGAAGUGGGAAUUUUGCGGUGGAAAACCGACGACAGCGCGCGCGAGAGAGAGCCCCCCGCCCCCCGCCCUCCGGACCAGCCGCGUACUCUUCAUCUUUUCGAGACCCCCCCGCACCGGCCGCGUACGUGCUCGUCGAGCAGCCAUGAAGGAUCGCACGGCGGAACUGCGGAGUGCUAAAGACAGUGAUGACGACGAGGAGGUGGUGCAGGUGGAUCGAGACCACUUCAUGGACGAGUUCUUUGAACAGGUGGAGGAGAUCCGCAGCUGCAUCGAGAAGUUGUCCGAGGACGUGGAGCAGGUGAAGAAGCAGCACAGCGCCAUCUUGGCCGCGCCCAACCCUGAUGAAAAGACCAAACAGGAGUUGGAGGAUCUGACGGCCGACAUCAAGAAGACCGCCAAUAAAGUUCGUUCAAAAUUAAAAGCGAUCGAGCAGAGCAUCGAGCAGGAAGAAGGUCUCAACAGAUCCUCGGCGGACCUCAGGAUCCGCAAGACGCAGCACUCCACGCUGUCCCGCAAGUUUGUGGAGGUGAUGACCGAGUACAACACCACGCAGUCCAAAUACCGAGACCGCUGCAAAGACCGCAUCCAGAGGCAGCUGGAGAUCACCGGAAGAACCACCACCAACGAGGAGCUGGAGGACAUGUUGGAGAGCGGCAAGCUGGCCAUCUUCACCGAUGAUAUCAAGAUGGAUUCCCAGAUGACCAAACAGGCCCUGAACGAGAUCGAGACCCGGCACACCGAGAUCAUCAAGUUGGAGAACAGCAUCCGAGAGCUUCACGACAUGUUUGUGGACAUGGCCAUGCUGGUGGAGAGUCAGGUAGGCAGUCGGCGCCCCGCGCCGCGGGACUCGGAGCGCGCCGGGCCGGCCGUCGCUCACCCGCGCGGUGCUGCUUUCCAGGGCGAGAUGAUCGACAGAAUCGAAUACAACGUGGAGCACUCCGUGGACUACGUGGAGCGAGCCGUGUCCGACACCAAGAAGGCCGUCAAGUACCAGAGCCAAGCCCGCAAGAAAAAGAUCAUGAUCAUCAUCUGCUGCGUGAUCCUGGGCGUGGUCCUGGCGUCCACCAUCGGCGGGACUUUGGGCUUCUGAGCUUCCGGGACACCCGUCGCCGUGACGACUGCCUGCGGCAGACCGACGGGAGCCGGAGAAAAAAAGCCCAAAAACUUGAACCACAAAUGCAAGAAGAUAACCAAUCAGCAAACGGGACACACUUGGGGUGGGCCGAGGUCCCAAAUUCCCACCAAAAGCAACACCCUCAAAUGCGCCAUGUUGUCCGUGUAACGCGCGUAAACCAGCUCGCACGCCGCCCACCUUUUACUUUGCUUCUUUCUUCUUUGGAGCGUCGCUUUCAUUUUUUUCCCGGGACGGUGAUGGCGACAGCGUUGGCGGGCGUCACCCGGCAGAGAAAGUCCGGCGGCGCCGUGCCGCAGAAAUAGUCCGCUCCCUUGCCCAAGCGCCACGGCCCCCUCGGCAAACACACUUCAUGGCUGCGUUCCGAAUCCUUUUCUAACCCUUCACGAUUUAGCGCCCUCGAGCCGCGAGUUGGCCAUUUUGUUGCGCUGUCGCAAGCACAGCACAUAUUCGCAGUUCGGCGAAUCUGGUGGCAUCUUGGUGCUGAAGUGAGUUGAUGAGCUUCAUUUAGACCACAGUCGUCCCUUGCCGCCAUCUUCUGACCUCUAUAGGCAAUACAAAUAAUAAAUGUAUAAGUAGAGCAAUUCAUUUUUGUAAAAUAUAAGGUUGAAAAUAUUCUUCUUCUAAUUCCAUAUUUAUUACGUAAGGUCCACCGGCCGACGUUGAUCUGGUAUGUUGCAAUUAUGCGGCAACAAUGACAGCAGUAACAGUGCCCGAGUCGGGUUCCAAAAAUAUUUGGACUCAACGAUAUAGUCCGCCAUCUUGAAAUUGUUGUUCCGCGUAUAGCGAUGGGGGAGUCGAGAAUGACGAUCGCUUCGGAACAUAGCGACUGUGUUCCGAAUCGUUCAUCGUUCAUCCCGACUCCUUAAUCGCUAUAGAGGGAUUUUUAGUAGACCUUUCAGGAACGACCGAGGAUUCCCAACACAGCCAAAAUCUCUCUGAGUCCCCCCAUUGGUUGCUCACGUCAGUCAACGCUUUUCACCCGAUUGCAUAGAAAUCUGGUGUGCGUGUGCGUGCGCGUGUGUGUGUGUGUAUGGGGGGGGGGCGUCAUUUGAAGGUGGCAGGGUUCCACAGCAACACACCAAGCAAAGGUUGGGGAGGAGGGAGGGGCCUCAGGUGGGGCGGAGUCAGGGGCAGUCAAUCUAUGCAGUCUAGAUACAAGCGCGACCAGCCCCGCCCCCUGACCGCCGCAGCCCAACCCACCUAAGUCUCUCCGGAUACGCUUGUGGCACUCGGUGUUCCUUUUACAUGACCGCCUCCCGUCACUUCCUGUCAACGUCGCCCGAGCCGUCUUUGUCGCCGCCUUCCGGCCGAAUGCGUUUGUGGUCGUCACCGAAGUUGCCAGGCGUGCUAGCUUUAGCUUAGCCUCAGUUUACAUUUAGCUCCUUCAGAUUCCAGACAGUUGAGGAAAAAUUCCACGUUUCGUAUCAGCUAACGUUCCUCUUCAGCAGUUAGCAACGUGUUUGCGGCCUUGUGGUUUUUUCCCCGAUAGUCGGUCCAAACGCUGCUAACGUGUUUGGAUUCACAACAUACGUGAGCUCUGCAUGCUGGAAACACGGUGCGAUGGCAAUGCGCCAUUAGCGUUGUUAGCAUAGGCAAAUUGUUGCGCUUCUGUGAUGCUAAGGCCUGGCCGUCUGCUGCCGCUAGUCAUGCUAACAAGCGCGACAAAUGGCACUCAGCGUUCAAGCACUAACAUCGGCCGGCGACCGCUCACUGGUCGCGAACGUCGCAUCGGCGUCGGCAUCGUGAGCGCGGUGGCUCGGACGCCAACAGGAAGUGGGAGCCGGCGGCUUUGUUCAGUUGCUGCGUUUUGUGUCGUCCUUAGCUGUGCGACGUGUCGUGGCAAACGAAACAAAAAAAGCGCUUGGAGCGUCAACAUUUUCUUUUCAUUCCAAAACCAAAACCAACUUGCGUGUGCACCAAAGUAUAGUCGUGUUGUAUUGUGGGCCACACCUCCUCGUACGCUCACCUACCGUCGGCCAAUCACGUCACUCCUUUUCCACGGCCGUCGCUCAAGUCGGACACGUCAGGACGUCUGCGCGCGCCGCCAUCAUCGUCCCUCGACAAACGCAAACAUGGCGGCACAAAGGAAGAAGAAGUGUGCGAGUGUUCAGAAUCAUUCUCGGCUCCCGAAUCACUACAAAGAGAUUCUUCGGUGCACCUUUACGAACGCAAUAUAAAAAUCCCGAACCGCAAGAAUGCAUAAUCUUAUUUCCCGUGACAUCUUACAGUCGAUUUUAAGACACAAGACACAAAGACUUGUUUUAAGAUCCACAAUCUUAUUUUAAAGAUCUUAUCAAGUCAAUUCGUACUAGUUCCAUUGGCAGAUUUUUCACUGACAUUAGGGACAAAAUGGCUGUCUGGCCAAAAAUAAAACAAAAAGUACAGUAAGAUCUUUUUACUAGAAAGAAAUUCUGUCAGAUUUUCCAUUGUUGCAGUGAUCGGGAGCGGGACAUGAUGAAUGAAUGAUUCGGACGUUCCUGACUCCCGAGUAACUCGAGGACUUUUCAGCGAGUAUUUUAGGAAGUGUCAAGGUCCGCUCUAUAGAUACAUAAACCUCCCUUCAGAGCGAACGGGGAGCAGUACCGUAGUGAUUGAGCGAAGGAUUCCGAACACAACAUCGAUGUUGUCCUUUGAAUUUUUGGAAAGCUGACAGCGUGGCUCAGGACCCCAGGCCCACUCCCCUCCAAUCCCACCAUCCCCCGCUCCCCGCAAGGUGAAAAUAAAAAAAUAAAAAAAGCAUGCAAAAGCGUUGUGGAGUUUUGCAUGGUGAUGUUUUUCGUAUCCCGACCUGCCGCCAUGUUGCGCACUUUCCCGCUCAUCGGCCGUCCGUUAGCACGUCAGCCGGAUUCCUUUAACGUCUCCCGUGGUGCCCCCCCACCCCGUGCCGGUGGAGCGACAGGAAGCACAACGACGACGCUCGCUUUUUCCCAAAAACAAACGAAAAGGUGCAAGCGACCGCUCCAAAGACUGUCCCGCCGCCAGCCGUUAGCAUGCUGACAAUUUACCACGGCGACGGCGGCGUACUCCAUGUUUGUAGUCCCGACGACGCAUUCUGUCUUCCUGAAAGCAUUCCCCAAACCAAAACUCCUCUUUGUCCGGUCGCCGUGACAACAUGAUGUUUGCCAUUGACCCGAUGCUCCGCCCACAUCUUUGUGCUCCGCCACCCUCCGAGUCAGUAUUCAUUUGUAUUCGUGGGAGGAGUCAGAAGAAGGACUUUGACUUUGUUGUUGUCGUUGUUGUUGUUCUGAUCGCCAUGGAGAUGAGAAUGUGUAAUUAUUGUAAAUAACCACAAAAGAUGACCUGCAUGUUUAUGGAGAAAAUUCCUGACAAAGUUGACGGCGUCCCAGUCCUCUUUAGCCACCAGGCCGCCACCUUGGCGUCCCCGGGGGAGGGGGGGGGGGGGGGCGCUUCCUCUUUAGCCGCCAUCUCGGCGUAGCGGGGGCUCGCGUUCUGGUCCCGAAGCGCCUGGCGGCUCCUCGGCCCAAAGUCCUUCCUCCGUUUUGACGACUUUGUCUCUUGAAUUCUCGGCGAGCGUCCCGCAAAAGACAGACGACGGCGCAGCGCUGUCCGUCCGACUCCGGGGACCCCGAAACCGCCCCUUCGCCCCUCCCCGCAGGCAGGCCGACGUGGACAAAGUGCAAUAUUAGUAUUUUGGCGGCGCCGAAUCUCGGGACUAAAGAGGACAAAGUGGGGUGCGUGCGCGCCGCUCGCUCAACUUUGGCGGGAAAUGCAACUUGUGUGUUUCUUUUAGUGUGUGUUUGUGUGUGUGUGUAGUGUAACGUAAACGCCAUCCGUCCCUCCCUCGGAAACCACUAAAGAGCCCGCACCCCUGAUUGGCAACAGCUCCCCGCCCCCUCCCUCGUGCUGCUGUUGGCUGUUUUGUUUUCGUUGGUGUGACGUGCCAGUAUAACCCCCCCGAGCCCCCCACCCCACCCACCUCCUUGAACGGUCGCGCCCCCCCCCUCCAUGGAUCUUUAAGAUGACAACUCUAUGCAGAUGCGUCUUUUCUAAAUGUGUCCAACAUUUUAAGUUCUGACAAAAAAAAAUCAAAAUAAAUAUUGAAACAUGAAAUAAAAGACGAUUGUUCAGUGUU